UGUGUGUGUGUGUGUGUGUGCGUGCGCGCGCGUGUGUUUGUGUUUGUGCCAUUGUGAGACACAGAAAGAGAAGGGGGAAGCGAUUCUGUGUGAAGACGGAGAAGCAUUUCUAGAAACAUGCCAUUAAACUUCAUGCGAUUCACACACAGCAUCUACACAUGGUUGGCCUUCUGCUCAUUGCACCCCUACUCCCCUGGAGGAGAAUAUAUUCCCAAGAGACUCUCUGCUCAAUGUGUCCUACGUAUCUCUGCGUCAAGAUGUGUUAAGUGUAUCUGUGAUAUCUCAUGUUUCAAUUCCAACUCGACACAAAGGCACAACAGCAAAAAAAAAAGAGCUUUGUUACCUCUUUUUAUUUUCGUGGGGAUGUCAAUGGCUGACUCCUGAGAGACAGGCCAAGCCCAGCUGUGUCUCAACGUGUCUCUCGUUUCUCUCCUGUACUUGAAAAAGUUCUGGAGAAAUUCCCUAGGUCCUGAAUAGGAUGUUUAGGAAAAGAGAGAAUUAUGAUCAUGAAGAAACAGUGAUUCAAAUGGUAUAUAUUUGUGCAAAAAAAAAAAAAUGCAUUAAAAGCAGAAUCUGCAUUUAAUAAUAAAAUGCCUGAUCAUGAAAGGUAUUAGGUGAAUAAUUACAUUUGUAGAAGUUUAAAUGUGGAAAAUUAUGUUGCCCAGGACUAAAGUUAUCCAGAUGUUCGGAAAAUCCCAGAAGGAGUUCUGGGCCUGAUGUGCUUUUUGGCCAAAUAUUUUUUGGCUGCUGAGAUGUUUGUCGGGGGCUGGUGGGCAGCCGCGUUUAAAGAGCCACUGAAGUGUCCUGGGGUUCCAAAGAUCAUUUAAUGACAAACAAAUCAUUUUUUCUGGAUUGUGAUGUUUGUAAUAAACGUCUGUUUAUGUGUUGCAUAGUGAGUGGUCAACGUUUUUUAUUUUUUUUCGUAAAUUGUUGACUUCAAUGCAUCUCACAAUGUUUUGGUUAAUCCCACCUAUUCUCAGGCCGAAUCAGACUUGAAAGUUGGCAACUCUAGAUAAACUUAGAGAUAAGUAUCGCCAACCUAUCCUUUUUAUAAGACUUAAGACGUAAAAAUCUUCGUCCUAUAUAAUAUGAACAGCGUUACACAUGCGUAAAGAUCAGGUUCUUGCCCCGAUGUUUAAGUGAAACAUCAACCCCAGGUCUGAGCCCACUGUGUGUGGUAAACUCCUGUUAAAUGAUGAGUCUAGGUUAGAGUAUAAAUACAUAAAUUCAUGACGUUAUAGGUAGGCCUUUUUAUAAAAUUGAUUUGUCAAUAUUAACUCUAGCGUUGAUGUGUGUCCACUGUACGGUCAUAUAAUUUAGUUUACAGCUCAAAAAACACAUUUAAGUGUGAAGCCCCUCUUUAAGCGAUGGUUGAAGGAUUCAGCCCGGAAUAUACGUUUGCUUUGGUGUUAAAAGUCUAAUCAUGUUUGAAGAGAAUCGACAUAUUUUUAUUGUUUGGACAAGACGCAGGCCGCGGAGGUAUUCUUGAUGAAGGUUUAGAUUGUUUUCAGACCGGACCAAUAUCGGCGUUGCACAUGUUUUCUUUUUUUUCACCGUUGCCCUGGCAGCAACUGUUGAGGCGGAAGCGACGUCUGGACUUCUCAGAAUGGACAUAAGAGAGAAAAGUGGGUAAUCAUUCAUAUAAUAACAUCAAGAUAUGUGAUAGUAAUGGAAGGUUCAGUCUUGAUUCAUAGCUGGACUAUGUUGCAUUAUCUUAGCUAGCAAAGCUGUGUUUAAAAAAAACUAACGUCACGAAGCUAACGUUAAUAAGUUAUUUGCAUCACAGCAAGUUGGACGCUAGAUAGCAUGUUUGCUAUUGAUAGUAAGGUAGAUCCUAAUUUCAGUAGACGUUUCUUUUAAAUUCACUGCACAUAAUAGCGGUGUGUUGUUAUUCCACAAUUACGAUUAACAUGCUUCUUUUUAGUUUGCCAAUUUAGUGCACCAAGCUAGCUAGCAAUGUGUCACGUAAGCUAAUACAACGUAUUGAUUUGCUGGGCGGUGGAGAGAAUAUUGAUGAAAUGGAGGACUUGGACGAGGAGGACUUCGCUUUAUCAAAAUCUUCAGCUGCAGAUGCAGAGUUCGAUGCCGUUAUUGGCAACAUCGAGGACAUUAUAAUGGAUGAUGAUUUUCAGCACUUGCAGCAGAACUUCAUGGAUAAAUACUAUCAGGAAUUUGAUGAUACAGAGGAGAAUAAGCUAAUCUAUACAUCAAUCUUCAAUGAAUAUAUUGACCUCCUGGAGAGACAUCUGGAACAGCAGCUUUUGGAGAGGAUUCCUGGCUUCAACAUGAGUGCCUUUACACACUCCCUCAAGCAGCACAAAGAUGAAGUCUCUGGAGACAUAUUUGACAUGUUGCUGACGUUUACGGACUUUAUGGCCUUCAAAGAAAUGUUCAUCGACUACAGAGCGGAGAAGGAAGGCCGAGGGCUGGAUCUGAGCGACGGGCUGGUGGUGAUGUCUCUGAGCUCCGUGGCCUCCUCAUUGCUCCCCUCUAGCAUGGCGGUGGGACCCAAGUGAGCCAGGAGCCUCCUCCCAUCUCAGAGCCUCUCGGCUCCACUGCAUGCUGAGCCACCUGUGACCUCUGUCUGACCUAAACCAUCCAAAUACUCAUACAGCCCUCACACCCAGCGACACCCCACAGGAGAGUGCUGUUCCGCAGUGAAGGGCUCCAAUGACUGUCAGAUGGAAAUCAAUUUAAGCACACAUGCACAUGAACUGUCCUGUCUAUGCUUGUAAACUUGCUUUUGGCCUCAUUUUAAAAUAUGCUCUUCGUAGACUGACUGUAAAAUCUCUGGUCAUACAUGUGCAGUAUUGUGAGUAUGCAUCUGAACAUCACAUGUUGUUUCUGUAUUUUUCUGUAUUAGAAAAAAAAUGAGAAUUGUUUGCGAAGGACUAAUAUUUAUACCUGUUUUUUUUUUUUUGUGACUUUGCAGAAUCAGAUUUAUGUGUGUAUGUCUGCCACGUAUUUGCACAUGUGAAUUUGAAGUACGAAUGUAAAGCAAGUGUAUUUGUUCUCACGAACGUCUGCCGUUACUAUGCUUCUCUUAACAUCUUUUCUGGCCGCUGUUUAUUCCAAACACUCAUUUACAUGACAAACAACAUGCUUUAGACAAUGAGCCGCAUGUGCUGUUAAUAACUUGAUUAAUUCCUGAAAUGUCAUAUGUGGAUUUCAUUUCAACGUUGCUCCUUUCUCUCUUAUGAUGGGGGGCAGAAAGAGAAAUGUUUUUCAAAUGUAAUGGCCUUUUGUUCAGUGCAUAGCUGUAGAAGCAUCUUAGAGGAGACCCCUCCAUGCCGUGUCUACUUCAAACCCCUGAAGGAUUUUAUAAGGCCCAUUUACAUGAUCUCAUACAUGACCUGAGUCCAUUGUGCUCCCACAUUUCUUCAGUCGGUUGAUAUGUUUGCGUCCGUUUUUUUACGUACAGAAAUGUAGUCAGUCAACAGUUAACUGCAUCUAAACUUUAUUCCUGUUCCUUCUAUAGUCACUGACUGAAAUCCCCGCGCCAUGUCAGAGAUGUACUUUUUUUAAUGAAAUGACUGUCUCAUACGUGUACAUAUUUGCCAGUCAGACUUUGUAAAUAUGGAUGUGACUGGUGGGAAUAAAUUCAAACAUUGUUUAAAAUCA